AUGGAGGGCUGGUGGCCGGCAUUGUCGCGCGCGGCCCGGCGCCACCCGGGGCCCACCAUGCUGCUCUAUGGCUCGCUCUUCUCGGCCGGGGACGCGCUGCAGCAGCGGCUGCAGGGCGGCGAGGCCGACUGGCGCCAGACGCGGCGCGUGGCCACGUUGGUGGUGAGCUUCCACGCCAACUUCAACUACGUGUGGCUGGGCCUGCUGGAGCGCGCGCUCCCGGGCCGCGCGCCGCGCGCGGUGCUGGCCAAGUUGCUCUGCGACCAGGUGGUCGCGGCGCCCAUCGCGGUCUCGGCCUUCUACGCUGGUAUGAGCAUUCUCCAGGAAAAGGAUGACAUAUUUUUGGACCUGAAACAGAAAUUCUGGAAUACCUAUCUGAUUAAGAGUAAUCUUCACAAAGUGUACCAGGCCAUAGAGGAGGCCGACUUCUUCGCCAUCGAUGGGGAGUUUUCAGGAAUCAGUGAUGGACCUUCAGUUUCUGCAUUAACAAAUGGUUUUGACACUCCAGAAGAAAGGUAUCAGAAGCUUAAAAAGCAUUCCAUGGACUUUUUGCUAUUUCAGUUUGGCCUUUGCACUUUUAAGUAUGACUACACAGAUUCAAAGUAUAUAACGAAGUCAUUUAACUUCUAUGUUUUCCCGAAACCCUUCAAUAGAUCCUCACCAGAUGUCAAAUUUGUUUGUCAGAGCUCCAGCAUUGACUUUCUCCCGUCCUCGCUUCGACCGCCAUCUUCUGGGGGUGGUCUCUGCCUACGGCCCAGGCCUUCUUUGCUUGUUGCCUUGAUCCACGUCCCGUCGCACGGAGUGUAUUUGUGUCCCCCUCUGCGCUUUGAACUGCCCCCGAAGAUGCUGCUCUUUCAGCUGACUUCUCUCUCCUUGUAG